AGGGUUGGGCGGAGGUGUGAGUCGGAGCCGCUCGUAAGAGAAGCAAGAAGGCGUGAAAGUCGGACUGCAGCGCGGUUAAGGACGCCUCGGAGAGGACGGCUGUUAUCGUUUGAAGGCAACAAAACACGGCGGGACCAUGCUGACGCUGCUGACGUCCAUGUAUCUGGUGGUGCGGGCUGUUUCCCAGCAGGCUGAACCAAUUCGUGUUGUGGUGACUGGUGCUGCAGGCCAGAUUGCCUACUCCCUGCUGUACAGCAUCGCAAAGGGAGAUGUGUUUGGCCAGGAUCAGCCAAUCAUCCUGAUCCUGCUGGACAUCCCCCCUAUGCUGCCUGUGCUGGACGGAGUCGUCAUGGAGCUACAGGACUGCGCCCUCCCGCUGCUGAUGGAGGUCAUCCCCACUGACAAGGUGGAGGUGGGCUUCAAGGACAUCGAUGCCGCCAUCUUGGUGGGCUCCAUGCCCAGGAAGGAGGGAAUGGAGAGAAAGGACCUCCUCAAAGCAAACGUGGCAAUCUUUAAGACUCAGGGAUCCGCUUUGGACAAGUAUGCCAAGAAGAGCGUAAAGGUUUUGGUGGUUGGAAACCCGGCAAACACAAACUGUCUGAUUGCCUCCAAGUCUGCUCCGUCUAUCCCAAAAGAGAACUUCUCCUGCCUGACCCGACUGGACCACAACAGAGCGUGCUCCCAGGUGGCGAUGCGUUGUGGCGUGUCCUCCGGCCAUGUCAAGAACGUCAUCAUCUGGGGGAACCACUCCUCCACUCAGUACCCUGACGUCCACCAUGCCAAGGUGAACGUUGCUGGCAGUGAGAAGGCCGCAUAUGAAGCUGUGAAGAACGAUGCCUGGCUCAGAGGAGACUUCAUCUCUACUGUACAGCAGAGAGGUGCAGCCGUCAUCAAGGCGAGGAAACUGUCCAGCGCCAUGUCGGCGGCCAAGGCCAUCUGUGACCACAUGAGGGAUAUCUGGUUUGGCACCAAGGAGGGUGAGUUCAUCUCCAUGGGUGUGUAUGCUUCUGGAAACUCCUACGGCAUCCCAGAGGACCUCAUUUAUUCCUUCCCCGUCCAGAUCAAGAACAAGUCCUGGAAAAUAGUGGAUGGUCUCGAAAUCAAUGACUUCUCUAGAGCCAAGAUGGACGCCACAGCAGCUGAGCUGGUGGAGGAGCGAGACACGGCCCUGGACUUCCUGUCCAAGUGACUCUCCCCUCCUGCUGACCAGCAGCAGCUCUUACAUCCUGGCUGUUCUCGCCUCUGAAGAUGUCCUCCACUGCUAAACCAUCUGAGCUGGAGUCUGUGUGUCACCUCUGAGAGUACGUGUGGAGGCGUGCGUGUGUGUGUGUGUGUGUGUGUGUAACUUGGCCCCUUCUUCAGGUUUCCAGAAAACCUGUUAUAACCUCCACAACCUGGCCUGACCUGUGUCUGUGCAAGACACCAAGACGUCUCUGUUAGUAGAUAAAAACACACACAUUAGCUGUGCAGAAACUGUAACGAAUCAUCUUCUCUUCAAUAAAACUAAGAAAUCUGA